AUGGUUCGAAACGCGAUUCCGAUUAUUUUGAUGUUGGUCUCGGUACUCUUGUUGUCCAAACAACGUGCAACCGCACAAAUAGACUGUCGGAUUGUAAUCUCGAAGCUCAUCAACUGCGAGUCUUUCUUGUUUGGAUAUUCACCGGUGCCUAGUCCGGAUUGUUGUGCCAGCACACAAGAUUUGGUCCAAGCAGCUAAUGCUUCGAAAGACGUUCUGAAGGCCACUUGUAGGUGUCUCAAGUCCGCCGUUCAAGCAUUUCCAGUGAACCUCUCCAACGCGGCUCAGAUCGCCCCAUUGUGUCACCUGAACCUGAAUAUCCCCAUUGAUCCCUCCAUCAACUGCGACUUGUUAUGA